AUGCUGGCCAGAAAGAUAAGGAGCGAACGAGAGCCUGCUCACCUCCACACCAGAUUAUGGUUUCUCAGUAUCAUUACUGUUACAUUUGAAGUACCAGGGAGCAUUUCAGAAGAACGUUUAAAUGUGUUUAUUCAGAACCUUCUGUGGGAAAAGAAUGUUAAAGACAAAACAGGCAGCGCAAUGAAUGUGAUACGACUUAAGGGGCUAGUAUCAGUAAAGGAUAAACCACAGCAGAUGAUCAUCCAGGGCGUUCAUGAGCUGUAUGAUCUUGAGGAGACUCGAGUGGCAUGGGAUGCUGGAGAACAAAGAACAAACAGACUGGUAUUUAUAGGCAAACAUCUGGAUAAAGAUGUCCUAGAGCAACUGUUUAUUGCAACGGUGCUAAACCAAGAAGAUAGUGGUUAAAGACAACAUUCCCUGUUGAUUCUCAUUUAAGAUUUUAUUUAGAAUUCCAAUAAAAAAAAAAAAAACAUACAUAUGUGUUUUCUUCUAUAAAUAUUGCCUUUAUGUAAUACAUUAAACAAAUUCAUUUGAAAUUAUGCGAGAGUUGAAUCAGUAAAGAAAAAGUCAUAGUGUGUCUCUUAGCUGUUCAUUAUAGGUUGUCAAAUGAACUACAGUUUACAGGAAUAAAUAAUACGUCAUCCUUGUAAGCCAUUGUUAACAUCCAUACAGAGCCUCAUGAGUCGCUAACUCUUAACAAAGGUCUGCUAGUGUGAACAAAAACCCCACCCCAUCGCAGUUCCAUAUAAAAUGCCUGGGGCUGUAUAACCACCUCACUAUGUCCAUUACUACCAGUUAAGUACCUUGCUUGUUUUUUUUUUCAUUUAUAACUGAUGUUUAUUUUUAUACUUUAGUUAGUACAAGUUUUGUAAAAUUAAA